AUGUGGAGCACAGCUUGGAUUGUGGAACACAAACCUUGUAGAGACAUUUUUCUAACGAAUCAGCGUUUUUCACAUGUUAUUGCUCUAACAUGCUGGCUAAGAGAGCUUGUGGGGCAAUGCCCUGAUCUUGUCCUGUUUCUGUAUAGGUCGUACAGGGAUCGAAGAAUCACCCUUGGCGUCGACAUGUAUCUUCCGACACAACCCCUCGUUCUUCACUUCAAGUGUGCCUCAAUUCAAGCUAUGACGGUCAACUGUGUUGCUGACAGCCUCCCAUACCCCAAUGUUGUUGCAUUGAGUGUUUCGCUAUUCUUCUCAUAUGUGGUCGCAACGGCGGUGUACAGACUGUAUUUUCAUCCUCUAGCGAAGUUUCCAGGGCCAAUCUGGGCAAAAUUGACGACAUUUCCGGCUUGGUGGCACUCGAAGAACCAAGAUAGACAUUUGUGGCUUCUGAGCUUGCAAGAUCAAUAUGGACCGGAGUUCAGAUAUGCACCGAAUGGUGUUUGUCUUAAUACCCCAUCGGCGUAUAGACACAUCUUUGGUCCUAGAGGAAACGUCAAGAAGAGCGAGUACUACCAGGUUUGGCCAAAGACAGUCGACCACAUCAAUACGUGGAGCGCUACUUCGAUUCCAGCCCACGCACGGAAGCGCCGAGUUAUCAACUACGCGUUCUCGGAAAGCGCGCUGAGAGGGGCCGAAGUAUUCGUUCACGCCAAUGUUGAUCGCUGGCUCGAGUUGCUUGGACAGCAGAGGACAAAUGGUAAUGAUUGGACAGCGUCGAUCAAUAUGGCCGAUCAGGUGACUUAUCUGGUCUUCGACAUUCUUGGGGACCUCUGCUUCGGCAAAUGCUUUGAUAUGAAAGAGCCCAGCAGCGAGUUGCGACACAUACCUGAGCUCAUGAUAGGGUACAUGGAGCUCAUACAUCCGGUAAGUGAACCCAAAUCCAACAUGAGCGCUGUGUGUACUGAUAGGUUUAAGAUUGCUUGCUCUCCAGCGAGCUCACUGUAUGUUUGGCUAAAACCGAAAGGGUUGGAUAGACUCCUAGCAGCCGUGACUCCACCAGCUAUCCAGAAAUGGACUGAAUUUGUUGAUGACUGUCUCGCGAAGCGAACGAGCAAGCAGAAGGAGCUUAAAGAAAAGCCUAAACCAGAUGCAGAAGUGCGUAAGGACUUCUUCCAUUGGCUUUUCAAUGCCACAGACCCUGAGACCGGAACAGGAUACUCACUCCCAGAACUGUACGCUGAGUGUGAACUUCUGACAAUCGCUGGAAGUGACACAACGGCUAUCGUCAUCUCAGCCGCCUACUUCUAUCUCUCGCGCAGCCCCAAAGCCCAGGAAAAGCUGGCCCGGGAGAUCUUGUUAACGUUCAACAACUACGAAGAGAUUGUAGCGGGGCCCAAGCUCCAAUCUUGCAGAUACCUCACCGCAUUCCUGAACGAGGCAAUGCGCAUGUCGCCUCCUGUACCUGCUGAACCAAGCCGAGAAGUCCUCGAGGGCGGAACAACGGUCAACGGCCACUACUUCCCCAAAGGAUCGCUUGUUAGCACUGCCUUGUGGGCAAUGCACUAUAACAAAGACUACUAUCCCUCACCACUCGAGUUCCGCCCAGAACGCUGGAUCGUAGGUGAAGAUGACUCAACAGCAGAGAGCGUUGCACUUGCCGAGAGCGCCUUUUGCGCUUUCUCAUCUGGGUCUCGCGGGUGUGUAGGGAAGAACAUGGCUUGGCUCGAGAUGAGAAUUGUGAUGGCGAAGACGUUGUGGAAGUACGAGAUUAAACAAGAUCUGGUGAACAAACUUGGAGGAGGUAGUACCGGUGCAAGACCUGGUCGUCGUGAGGAAGGCCAGUAUCAGACGUACGAGAUGUUUGUCUCGAACAGGAAGGGGCCGAUGGUGCAGCUUAAGGAGCGUACACACUCGGAGAAGGUUGCGAACAUACAAAAACCCGAGAAUUGGUGCGGCAGUUGA